GUACGUACCCUUCCUUUAUCGUCCGUAUCUACGAUUUUAUUACGGCCUCAAGUUCGCGUCUAUUUGGUGCCUGUUUUUGUUUACCAUUAGUGUGUCGUUGUCGUUUAACAUUGCAGUUUAAUUUUUGCCUUUUUCUGUUGCAAGAAAUAACUUGAAAAUAUAACUCAGUGAAGCGACCUGAGUCGCCGAGAGUUUGUAAUAAUCUAGAUAUCUUUUCAGAUUGAAUUAGUCUUUUCUGUGAACUUAACUUGCUGCUCCACACAAUGACUGAAGAAGUGAAUCCAAAAGCUUACCCUUUGGCUGAUGCUGCGUUGACUUCCAAAAUCCUAGCUUUGAUUCAGCAAGCAAUGAACUAUACCCAGCUUAGGAAAGGAGCUAAUGAAGCCACCAAAACCCUCAACAGAGGUCAGUCAGAAUUCAUCGUCAUGGCGGCUGAUGCUGUCCCAUUGGAGAUUUUACUGCAUCUCCCACUGUUGUGUGAAGACAAGAACGUUCCGUACGUCUUUGUGCGAUCAAAGCAAGCGCUGGGGCGGGCUUGUGGAGUGUCUCGUCCUGUCGUGGCUUGCUCAGUAACAAUGAACGAGGGCUCACAACUCAAGCCUCAGAUUCAAGCCAUUCAACAUGAAAUCGAGAGGCUUCUAGUGUAAAUAGAUUUUAACCAUUUGUAUAAUUUCCAAUCUUAAUUUUUUUAAUAUAAAAAUCUUACAAAUACA